GGUCCUUGACCUUGACCUUAUUUACAUCUACAUCAUAAGCCAAAUUAUAUGAUCCUCAGUUAUAAAACGAGUUUUGUUCGGUUUUACCGUCGGAGAAUUAAUCGUAUAAUGCAAUAAAAAUGAGGAUCGAUGGGAUUGAGGAUGCCAGCCUAGAUUCUGAAUGGAUUCGUUCCACGGCCGAAAAUCAAGUGCCUUAUUAUAUCAACCAUGGAGAACAAUGUACCCAAUGGGAUCACCCACAGAUGAGUCAAUUAAUGAAAUCCUUAUGUACAUCAGUUUAUUCUGUAUAUUACAAGGAACAAAUUACGCUUCAUUCUUACUUGGAAGUUUAUGUUGUUGCGUCAGUGAUGCAACGAUGCCCUUUGAUUUUACGUUUAGUGUGCAAACUGAACGAUGUUCGAUUUUCCGCUUAUCGUCUUGCCAUGAAAGUACGGGCUAUUCAGAAACAUUUAUGUAUGUACCUAGUCGAUAUAGCCAGCCUCGUUUCCGCUUUCGAGGAGAAUGGAUUAGGAUUUUGUGAAGAUGUUCUAGAUAUCGAAAAGAUGACGAAAGUUAUUCAAGCGUUUUUCGAUCUACUACACGAUGAUCAUCCAAAACUGAUAAACGUUUCACUUUGCGUUGAAUUAGUGCUGAAUUGGAUAUUAAACGUUUACGAUCCAAAGCGUCUCGCUCUUUUAUUAUCUAGAUCGAGGAGUGGGCAAGUUCGAACGUUGUCUUUUAAAGUUUUGCUGGUGCUCAUGUGUAAAGCUCAUUUAGAAGAGAAAUACCGAUAUAUAUUUCGUCUAGUAGCCGAUUCUUCAGGGAGGGUGGACGAACGGCAUUUUGCCCUCCUUCUACAUGAUUGUCAGCAAAUCCCGCGAGCGUUGGGAGAGUUAGCAGCAUUUGGUGGAAGCAAUAUUGAGCCAUCCGUUCGUUCUUGUUUCAAAAAAUUACAGAACGGUCGUCACCAUGUUACUAUUAAUGAAUUUUUGGAAUGGUUGAAAAUGGAACCACAAUCGUUGGUCUGGCUUCCAGUGUUACAUAGACUCUCUGCCGCCGAAUCGGCAAGACAUCAAGCUAAAUGUAGCAUUUGCAAACAGUAUCCAAUAAUUGGAUUUCGAUAUCGUUGUUUAAGGUGCUUUAAUUUCGACAUGUGUCAAAACUGUUUCUUUGCCGGGCGAACUGCUAAACAUCAUAAAUUAUCUCAUCCUAUGAAUGAAUAUUGUACAACGACAACGUCAGGAGAAGACAUGAAAGACUUUACCCAAAUGUGUAAAAACAAAUUGCGUUCUAAGAGAUACUUCAAGAAACAUCCUCGAUUGGGAUAUUUGCCCGUUCAGACUGUAAAGGAAGGAGAUCAAAUUGAAAGCCCGGCACCAACGCCGCGUCACUGGUCUACUACUACAUUUGAAGUUCAACCAUCAACUAGUGGUAAUAUCGAGGUCGGUCCGGCCUCUCCCACAACUCAUAUGCAUUCUCGAAUGGAAGUUUAUGCUCAUAGGUUAGCACAAGUGGAGGACGUCGACAAAACAGAAAACUCAAAGCCAAAUGAAAUGGACGAAGAGCACAAAUUGAUUGCCGCCUAUUGUGCUAGUCUGCAAUCAACCGGAUCGACUGAUCGAAAGAAACAGCAACAAUUAGUCAGCCCUUUACAAAUGAUGGUAAGCGUAGAGGCGGAGCAAAGAUUAGAGUUUGAAGAAAUGAUACGAGAUUUGGAAGAAGAAAAUAAACGUUUGCAAGUGGAAUAUGAGUCCUUGUGCUCCCAGGUCGAAAAUCACUGUCAGGUGGACGAGGGGCACAGUAAUGCAGGAGGUGAAGGUAGCUCAGAUUUAAUGACCGAGGCGAGGCUGCUUAGGCAGCAUAAAGGGAGAUUAGAAGCUAGAAUGCAGAUAUUAGAAGAACAUAAUACUCAGUUAGAGGCUCAGUUGAAAAGGCUUCAUCAAUUGUUUUCCAAUCAAUCAACAAACUCAACGACAAGUUUACCAAGAUUAAGAACGGGAGGAAGUUCACUUUUAACAAGUUGUAGUCAAACUUCUCUACCAAAUACACCCAGCAGGAGAACUUUAAAUUCCAGUCGAUAUUCCUAUACUGAUCCCAGAGAAAUACGUUAUCGGGAUUCUUCUCUUGACCGAUCAAGUUUAAGUGGACGCUCCGAAACAGAAGGUGAAUUGGACGAACCACAAUUCUCACCCCCAAUAAUAACACAAAGGAAGGACAGCUUAAGUAGCCUAUUACAAAUGGCUAAUCAAGUUGGUAAGGCCGUUGGAACGCUAGUAAAUGUAAUGACAGACGAUGAGAAAGAUGACGAUGAAGAGGAGAAUAAGAAAAACGAGAAAAUCGAUUUAAAAUAA